AUGAUUCUUCAGUGGAGCUCACUCAGCAUUUUUGGAAAGUAUAAGAUCCGGCUUUCAGUUCUUCCAAUCACUGCGCUGAAAUCUUCAUCAGCUAAAAUGUCCUAUUUUGUGUUGUUUUGCUGGAUUCUGAUACAGACCUUUAUAGCGCACACCCUAUCUGACACUGCUGUAAGAGGAGAAAUAGGGCGCUCUGUUACAUUACCUUGCGUCUACAAAGUAGCAAGAUGGAGAGACGUCUCAGAUAUGUGCUGGGGCAAGGGCAAGUGCCCAAAUUCAAAAUGUAAUAACAAAAUUUUGCACACAACUGGGAAUAGAGUGACAUUCAGAAAAUCUCAGAGAUACAAUCUUCAGGGUUAUAUUUCCUAUGGAGAUGUGUCUCUCACAAUAAAGGAAGUGGAGGAAGAAGAUGCAGGUGUAUACUGCUGCCGCAUAGAAAUCCCUGGCUGGUUCAAUGACAUCAAACUGAACAUUAAGCUGGAGGUGGUCAGAGCACCUCCAGUGAUGACAACAAUCAUGACAAAGCCUCGCAUUUCCCCCCCGAAUUUUAGAAAAACAAUUUCUGUUUCCCAAGCAACCUCCAAUCUACAAGCAACAGUUACGGCAGAGACUGCUGUCCUCCUGACAACUGUCAGUCCCCCAGCAACAACUACCGAAAUAAUUGUUCCUCCAACACUUCUUAACCCACCAGCAACUACUGAGUCUCCAACAGUAGUUAUGUUGGAGACCUUUGCUCCCCCAACAUUCACUAUGACAGCAAAUGACAUUUUUCCAGAAAUUACCGUGACGACUAGUGCUCCAGUAGAUUUUUCAACUGGUUUUCAAGCAGCUGACAUGAUGACUGAAGAUAUUUCAGGAAGUUCAAACAGCAAGGCGAAGAGAAAUGAUUAUCAGUUUCCAAUCUAUGUCGUUCUCGUCAUCUGUUCCAUAGCGGCAUCCAUUCUUUUCAUGUUGAUGCUCUCAUCACUGUUAUGGAAAUCCUUGGACCACCGGAAGAGCAUGAUAAAGGUUUUAGUGAUGUUGAAGGAGAAAACGGCCUCUCCAUCUUGUGAACAGCCACCAUAUCAUCUGUAG